AUGUGUAUUUUCCAGGCUUCAAUAGCAACAGUAAUGACACAACCGUUGGAUGUAAUGAAAACACGAAUGAUGAAUGCGAAACCGGGCCAGUUCAACGGUUUCAUACCAGCAUGGGUGCGAUUGGCACCGCAGACGAUUCUCACGUUUAUUUUCCUGGAACAGCUCCGUCUAAACUUUGGUUAUCAUCGAACACCACCAACCAAAUAA